UUUAUUUUUUAAUUCGAUCUUGCUUUUCAUUUAUGUUUUUUUUCUUCUUUUGCUUCAUUUAAUUAAUAUUUUGAUUUUUUUUACUGACUAACCUGCAUUUGAUUUAGAUAUUUUCAAUUUGUGUAUUGGCAUAUUCCUCCUGUAGCUCUUAUUAUUAUCAUUAUCCAUUAUUAUUACUAUCAUAAGUAGAAUAGUAGUAGUCCUGUGGUAUAAAUACUUAUUAUUAUUUAUUACUAUCAUCAUCAGCAUUAUCAAUGUUAUUGUUCCAUUUUGAAAAUGUAAGAAUUCAUAAUUCGUUCUGUCUUCAUGAUGUAAAGUGGAGUGAGGCAUUGAAUAAACUGGAAAAAAUAUUUACAAAACGGCCCAUGGGUUCUCGAGAUCUAGUAAAAUACCAUAAAUUUAAAAAAUGAUGCAUUUAGCCAUUUUUUGUUGUUGAAAAAACAUGAAAUUUAGCCUACAAGAAAAAAAAAGAUGAUUUAGAUUACCGGUAGAGCUAAUGGGAAUCUAGCAUAUAGAGUAAAAAAGUAUCACAAUCUGCCAAAUUCCUUUCUGUAUAAAGUGUUAAAAUACGUGUAGGUCUACUUCACUAUUUUCAAGUUGGACAGGGCAAAUUCUCAAUGAUCAUUGAUAUUAUUGAAUUUGUUUGUUUAUGGGCUCCUUUUCUCAAGUUGAAAAUAAAAAUAUAUCAGCUUUAAUCAAGAUGGAGUCAUAUGGCAAGUCAAUGUACGUUGGUUUUACCCAUAAUACCCCACAAAUCCAUCUUUUAAAAGUGAUGUUAUUGUUUUUGUCAAGUUGAGAAAAGGAGUCCAAAAUCAUAGAUAAAAUCAAAAUCAGUGAUACAAUACUUAUUCUUGGCUUAUCAGUUGGUAGCUUUGUAUAAAAAAAAGUAUUUUUAAAGUCUAUAUUAGAUUGGUAUGCUUCACAAGGAUUAUAUUUGGCAUCCUACAUGUAUUCCCACAUGUAGACAUUCAUGUCAGUAGAACUAGCUUGACAUCAACUGAAAUCAGUCUAGAGUUAAGAAAGAAGGGAAUUUUCCAAAUUUUCUUGAUAGUUUCCAACUUGAUCAAAGUGAUAAAAGGAAUUAUAGAAUAUACAUAGCAUUUCAUGGAUGCAUAGAUGUAAAAUGUGAAAUUUCAGCAACUUUGGGAGGGUAUUUUGUUUAUCCCUAUUUUUGUAGAAUUUGAUAAGUGUUCUAUAUUUUUCUUUUGUUAAACUCAGGAUAGAAAGAUGGAAAAAGAUACACAAAGCAUGGAUGCCAAGACUCAUCUGGUGAAGAUGAUGCAGGUUGCCGUGGAAACAGAAGAUUUCUAUCAACCAUACCUCGAGUACAUAGGUCAACAACAAGAGGACUCUGAUUGCAUUCUACCUUACAUGCAUGAUGUCAUACUUGAUCGGCUGCGAAGCUUGAGCCGGUUUUUCCAGCUUUGUCCAGAAACUUUCUUCCUGGCAGUCAAUACUAUGGACAGAUUCCUGUCCCUUGUCAAGGCCCGUCCUCAUCAUUUGAUGUGUAUUGCAAUAGCAAGCUACAACCUUGCUAUUAAAGCACUAGAACCAUCUGAGUCCUCAAUAUCAGCGGAGGACCUCGUUCGUAUCAGCCAAUGUGGGUGCUCUGUCAAUGAUGUCCUGCGCAUGGAGCGUAUUAUUCUUCAGAAGCUUCAGUAUGACCUUCAAGCACCCACUGCUCACCGAUUCUUCAAGCUCUUCCAUGCAUACAGUGUUGUACAAGGCAUCCUGGGUAAAGAUACGGCCAUGCAGAAUACCCAGCUUGAGAUCAGCACACAAAAGCUGGAGGCCUGCAUGUGUUACUUCCCUUUAACUCUGUACAAGCCGUCAGUGCUGGCGCUGGCUGUCUUAACCCAUGAGUUACCAAACGCAUCUUGUGAAGUGCACAAUCCUAAUGAUAUAAGAUGGAUGAGGAUUGUAUGGGAUAUACAAAGAGUUUCUCAGGUUAGUGAUACAGACCUGGUGAACUGCCGAUCUCAGGUCAGCGAAUGUCUCAGGAUGUACUCCUCCCCAGUCUCUCGCAUGCCUCACAGCCGUCUGACAUGGAUCGUCAGCACCAGGACAGCUAGGCAACUCAAGUUCAGUGCUCAGGUUUCUUCAGACCUAGCUCCGAUCCCAGAGAACAGGAUUCUCAACUGUUCACUGUCUUCUGAUGGAGAUACAGAUGAGUCAUGUGAGGUGCUGAGCGAUGGUCCAGACAACCAGUCAUCUCCUACAGACGUUGAGGUGGCUAAUCAGUCUUCCCCCUCAAGAACUCUUGUCCUAAACACUCAUCAACUUGCCUCUCUUUCUACGGACAAUGAAAUAUGUGUGGAGAACAAGCUCUUCACAUAUGAAGACGAGUCUUUAGCACACUGUCCAACGAGAAUCCAUGGAGGUAGCUGACUAGAGGCUGACAAGGAAUCUUGAUUCCUUGACAAAAGUUUAACAUGGACACCUAAAUCCAGGGUUGUUGAUUGCUGGCCGAUCAAACCAACUCGGGAUGUAACGUCUACGGCAUAACUAUGCUGAUCUUAAUCAGUUAUUAUGUAGAUUUGAAGGAAACUUGAUUCCCUGACAUUGAACAGGACACCAAACUUCAGGUAAUGAUCGCUGGCAGAUCAUACCGAAUGUGAAUGCAUCAUCUCGUUCAGAACUAUGCUGGUCUUAGUUGCUGUAAGUAUGGUUAAUCACAACUAGUCUCAAAAGGACUAGUACUGACAUUGGGUUAGACGUACCUUCUGAAAAACUGUCAACUUUUCUUGUUGGUUUUAUCACUGACAUAGAGUGGCUGAUCUUCUAACUUAGACCCAUGCCGUCCCAUGCUCGAUUGUAUUGUCUCUAAAAGAACAAUAGAAGCCUAGUGUCCUGAGCAAAGUAUCGACCUUGAAUGGAGGCGAAGAUGGAGAUAAACAUUGACCUUGAUGAUGUUAAGACAAUAAGACUGUUACAUGUAUGUAUACACUCUGGGAUAUGAAGGAGCCAACUCCACAAUUAUAGGUAAAAUGUGUGUUUCAACAUUAUUGAUGUAUUGUGAGUUCUUGUGUUUGAAACAUUGAUGGAACUUACAACUUGUGAUCAAUAGAUGUAUGUGCUGAGAAGGUUAUGUUACAAGAAUUGCAAGCCAGGAUUAUGCCAUUGUAAUACAUUGGUGAUUUAUUGACAUCGCUACCAGAACUGCCUCAAAGGCACUACUUAAGGACAGCUUUCCGGCAUAUCUUCUAUAGGGAUAGUGUUGCCAGUGGAUAUGAUGAUGAAAGUGUUUAGGAGAAGUGCAUUUCUUCACGGCACAGUGGUACUUCCUAAAGCUUCUAUCCAAGAUAUGCUUUUUAAGAUGUGACUUGUAGGAUGUGUAGGGAGCACAGAGAGAAAAAUGACAAUUUGUUGUGUCAAACCAAAGUGCAAAUCCAAUUUUGAUGUUAAAACCCUGUGAAUUGUCAUUUGUUAUGUAAGUACAAGUAUGUGAUGCAGUGUCCUAGAGAUUAGAAUUAAGUAAUGUCAAUAGAAUAGAAAAUGAAAGGAGUUAAACAUGUAGGAUCUUGUAUCUUGUGCAUAAUCAAAUAUACACCUGUAGGUGUGCAAAAAAUAUUUUAACAGCUGACAAAAUAUCUGUAUUACCAUAAACAAAAUAUAAAAUAAACAUGUUCAAUGUCUUUAAACAAUGUGGGAUAUGACAAUGCUUGAAAAAAAAACGUAAUAAAAGGGAAAGCGCUAGGAUCUGACAUGAAUAGAUUUGAUCAAGAUUAAGAAAUACAUGUUUGUGAUUUGUGAGUGGAAAACUGAAAAAGAAAAAAAAAAUGUGUGUUUUAGGCAUCUUUUUCCUAAAUCUUUUUUUUGGGGGGUCAAAACUGACAAUAUAAUUUGCUAACAUUGUAAGACAAAUUUGCUGUCCAAUUCAAUCGUACUAUUUCAGUAGUUUACUGUUAACAGUGCAUUUUGUGAAACAGGGCCAUUUGGAAAGAACGUGGUAUUAUGCAACUGAUAUGAGUGUAUGCUGCAUGUUUUGGGGCAGUGCAUUGAUUAAUAUAUUUAAUCAUUCUACAUGUACAGCUGUCUCCUAGGAUUUCCUUUAUUCAUACGUUCAGUAUAUACGCACUCGUUCAUAUUUUCUUGAAGUUUUAGGAUCAGACCUAGGACACCGUCUCACUACCUUCCUAAAAGUUUAACGUGUAGUGAGAACGGUUGAACGGCGUUUGUGCGGUACCAUUUCUUGUCAAGGAAAUUCUCAUGAAAACAAAUUAAUCAUGAUAUUGCUAACUACUGUAGAAACCAGUUGCAGACAAUUUAAAUCAUAUUUGACUGACAUGUAAAACUGAGGUAGUCAUAAGUUUUUGUAAUUUCUUUUGCUGUGAAAAGCAAAUUUGAAGGAGUAGCUUUAAAUUUUUUAGCACGACAUUUGCAGGAGAAUAUAUGUAUUUGGUAAGUUAUUGGAUGGUGCUAUGACAUUGCUGCAUUGCAAGUUUGUGGUACGGUACUGGUAUGUGUUGGAUUGUUCUCAUGUCUUCAGGAACUUGUUUUGGGGGCAGGUGUUUCUAUGUUAUUUAUUCAAUUUACCAUUCUGUUCGUUUUUGUAUUUCUUCAGUCCCAUACGUGUGGUCUGAUGUCAUGGUCAUGCAAUUAAUUAAGGCAUGUGAUUUAUAUGCACUGGUGAUACAGAUACUAUAUUUUUGUAUUCAUUCAUGUAUUACUUUACUUUAAACGAAUCUAUUUUUCUUCAACUAGGUGGGUUGUUGAUGAAUUUAACUAUUUGUGUAUGGCUUGUAGUUAAUAUUUACAUGUAAAUCAAUACUUACGGCAUAUUCUAUUUUCUUUUUACAAAGUGCAUGUAACAUUAUACAAUGUACAUUUAUGCCUACCUCGAAUAUUUUUUCUAAUACAAAUUGAUUGCGAGUUUUGACAUUUAGAGGCUAAAUUUUUUAUGUAUCCCACACCUUCAAUAAGCAUGAAUAUUGGCUUAUUAAGUAUUAGUAUUUUUUCUUGUUUUAGACACAAAAAAGAUAGUUCUUAGGGAAUUACAACACGAAUUAACUGACUUUAUUAAAGUUUGAUAGGUGUGAUAAGAUUAUUUUACUACCAUGCAGGUAAAAAAAGUUAAAUAUUUUAGGUAUAUUAUUCCUGUGUAUAUCAAAUACUGUUACAAAAGAAUAAAAUAAAAAAAUUACAAAGCUAGUCCUUGUGAGACAAAUACGUUUGUGGAGACAAUCUACCGAAUACAAAUACUUUGUAAGAAGCUACUCCUUUCUUUUAUCACAACUGUAUAAAACUAAAAAUAAUCAUCUCUGUCACAAAGCUGGUUAAUGAUAGAUAAGUUUUGGAAACUAUUUAUGUUCUUGAGAAUGAUGCCGUGAUCAAUUUCUACGCUUUUUACACAGAAUUGUCUUAACCUCGGACUAUCGCUAACCUCGUACCAUCUGUAACCCCGUACUAAUUUUUUCCCUUUUCACACAAAUUUUCUGCCUAACCCCUGCUAAGAAAAUGCUUGCUUAUCUCAAACAUAAUUUAGUAAUCCCGGACUAGUGGUAGGCGUUCAUCAGUGCUUAACUCUGAUUGGACAACAGUGCUGGCUUUGUUGCCCCUGGGCCAUAAAUCUAGCAAUGUCCUUGGCUUAGCCUGAUUCCUUUUUACACUAGCAAUAUUAACACCGGACUAUCACUCUUAGCACCGCAAUUGCUCGGCUAACCCUUCUACUUUGCAGGGCCAAAUAAUAUAGGUGGGGUUAGCCCACUUUGCAAAUAUGCUGUGUAAAAAGAAAGUGGCUAAGCUUAACCCUGUUGUAUACAUGAAUGUAGGGCUAAAAGGCAAUUUAGCCGCACCUAUGGUAUGCGAUAAGGGAAAUUUUUGUGUGUGUAAAAAGCAUAUUAGUCUUCAACCUUUUUUUUUUAGUGAUGUCUUUUUAAAUGUGAAUUCAUAAUGUCUUAUUGUGCUGUUGACAGUAUUCAGUUUAACAUUCUGUCAUGAUUAGAGUGAGUUUGUCAAGUAGGAAUUUUUCAUGUUCUUAUAGUUCAUUUUAUAGUGACAUGGACUGUUUAAGAGAGAAUGUAAGACAGUGUCACAGUGAAAUUACCAAGAAUGCCCAUGGUCCUAUAAACACAAAACUGAGCGAUUCAUUUUACUUGAUUUUUUCUGAGCAAUUGCAAUGUUUCUCUAUCAUAGGUAAACCCGAGGAUCAAUCUUUAAGCUUUUUGUUAAAUAAAUUACUUAGCUAUGUUGCAGGUUUUGCCUAUUGAUUAACAAAAGCAGAAGGUGCUGUGUAUAGUACGACUGAUCAAUUAUUUUUGUCAUGUCAACCCGUGUAAUUCACAAAAGUCAUUUUUAUUCAAUACAUUUAUUUUUGAACAUAUUUAGAAUUUAUUUUUUAAUAUUUGCACUGAUUUAAAUGUUUACUUGCAUGACCCUAUUGUCCUCAGAAAUAUAUUGAAGCUAAUUUUUGUAUUUUUAUUUUUGAAUCAUUGCAAAUUACCUUCAUUUAAAUGGCAGGCAUGUGAUUUUUUUGAUAAAUAUUUUGUUAUAUCCACACUAUUCUACUAGAGAUCUUUAAUGACCACAUAACUUUUAUAUAGUAGCUCCAUGUACAUGUAAUUGCAAAUUAUUUUAUACUGUGAUAGAUGUCUUUGUGUGAUCACAUAUGGGAAAGAAAUAUAAUUUUAUAAACCUAUAAUCUAUUUUUCUGUUUUCAUGUUGAAAUAGGUUUGUGGAUAAUGGACAUUGAUACUUUCUCAUUUUCCCUUGCAUUUAGAUAUGUCCAUAUUUUACAUCAUUUCCUAAGUCAACAAUUAUUGCACAUAUUGAUGUGGCCAUGCUCAUUUCUUAUAGAACACUAAUUUCAUUAUUUUACCCUCAAGUCUUGGAAAGCUUUUAUUA